UGAUAACUGUCUGACGACUCUUGCUCAUACUUUCUCACAAAGAACCGAUGAUGAUGCUGUUGUCAAGCUUGCUCAAAAUUGGCUCACGACUUGCGUCCGUGACCAUACAAAUACAUGUAGCCACGCCCCAGGCUACAUGCCCCCUCGUCUACUUGAUCUCCGAGGCUCUGAUGUCAAACUUGUCUUGCGCCAAGGUAUAGACGACUUCAAUAUGUCAUAUGCGGCUUUGUCGCAUUGCUGGGGUGCACACCACAGCUUUUAGUCCUUACGUCUGAUAAUAUCACCAGUCUAAUCGAUGGCAUCCGGAUUGACGACCUGCCCCGAACAUUCCAAGAUGCCAUUUUGCUGUGUCGCAAACUUGCCAUCUCAUUGUUAUGGAUAGAUUCGUUAUACAUUAUUCAGAAAGGAAAU